GCACGUUUCAAAAACCACUUGAGUGUUGCAGCUCGACGCAGAUACGUUCUCGAACACGAUCACCGUAGGAGCGAGGGCAGGUUGAGAGUUGAUUUUCUAUGGUAGAUUUCGAAGUAAUGCUUAUCUCUAUCUGCUGGAUCAUCUUUGCUGCCGCUGUGAGUAAUGGCCUCGUACAAGCACAUCCAGCAACGAAGGCACUUUCACGAGGUGCUGCCAGCCAAACAGAUGUUCAAAUGAACUGCACUCAGCAGGAAGUCAAGUGUUUGGCGAAGGGACAGAUUCCUCACGCUGAUGGAGGGUGCUACACGCCUUUACAACGCGGACCUUGUCCCAAGGGGCAAAGGAUCGUGUGGGACCCAGAGGGUGCUCAAGGGCGGCGAGGGCGCUGCGCGACCCAGCCAUGCCUUUUCGGGGCAACUCAGCUCGUGCCCCACGAAGGGCGUUGCUUGAGCCCAGCGGUCGCUCGGGCGGUGCUGUGCGCGAGUGGAGAGCUACAUUUCGACGCUACGGGGUCUCCUGCGUGCGGAGGAUUUCCUGGCUGGGGUCAAGCACUGCAACGGCACAUUCGGUGCUUUGCGAGAAAGGCAGACAUCCCGUUCCUUGGCUCGGAUGAUAAUACUCAGGACAUUGUGCGAAUUGCGAACAUUCUCUGUGCCAAAGACGACAGUGGCAAGUGUGUUCCUGAAAGCACAGGCAUUGAUCCUAAAAUUGUCCUAAGCCCAGAACAAUAAACAUAACCAGUAAUUAUUGUUAUAUUUUUUUCACAUUAUUUCAAUCAUACACCACUCUCCUGUUGCUCUAAAAUCAGAAUAAGCAAACUAGUAACUAAAACUCUUAUUUCACAUUAUUUCAACCCUUUGUGUGUUGCAAAAAUGGUCUGAAAAGUAUAUUUAUAUUUUAAGAAUAAGUCUGUUAUUUGCGAAUAAAGUAUAAAGAGGAUAGAAGUAAUAUACUCAAAUAUUUGAGAC